CACGUUUACAAUAAAAGCGAACCCCCCGGUCCGGUUGCAGCUACUGACGCAUGCUUACCAUGUAGCGACCGGUUUACAUCUUGACAUAUUUCAUCGUCUAGUUCUUGUGCGCUUUGCUUUUCCUUUGCUUUUGUAGUUGGUCGUACCCCGUCGUAUCUCCACGACAGCAUUUAUUUUCAUAGGAAUCUACUUCUCAUUAAAUUUAAAUAAUUGAUCUGUUCGACAGAACGAAUACAAAACCCGAUGCCUCACGGGACCGACGAAUUUUUUUCGGCAGCGGCGCUGGGCGCAGCAGCUGGUGAGGCAUCGCCCUCCUAUACGGCAUCUACGGCAACGUCGGUUUGUUCUGCCGAACCGCAGAAAUUUGUUUCCGGUGCCGGUACGCGUGAUAUUCCGCCAAACAAGAAAGCAAUUUUCGACGAGAAAUUGCUUCACGACUUUCUCGAGAACCGGCUAGGAACGAAAAAGGAGCACGCGAACACGAUAUGGCGCACGUUGCUGAAGUCCGGCGGCGAUUUCGACGCGCUGCGGGACAUCCCGACGUUUCCGCCCCGGGUGAUACCGCUGCUGAAGGAAGAGUUUGCCUACUGCACGUCCUACGUCAGCUGCAUGGAGCAAAGCGCGUUGGACGGAACCAUCAAGCUGCUGAUCAAACUCUCCAAUGGCAGCGAGAUUGAGGCGGUUAUCAUCAACCACACCGGGGAGGACAUGAACAGCGCGAUAAACAUGGUGCGCAGCGGCAAGGAGGAGCAGGACGAGGAGGGCAAAGCCAAAACGCAAAUGCUGCCAGGAACAAGGACGUCUUCAAAUAAAGCGACUUCUUCUACUUCCGCAUCCAAUACAACCAAGACGUCCACCGCGACGGAGAACCAUACUAUGCUGCGCGAGGACAAGAUUUACACCGAGCGGGGGAUCAUCGAGACGAACAAGCCGCGCAUCGAGAUGCGCAAAACCCUGUGCGUGUCCUCGCAGGUGGGCUGCAAUCUCGGGUGCACCUUUUGCGCCACCGGGACCAUGAAACUGGAAAAGUCGUUGAGUGCCGGCGAGAUCAUGGAGCAGCUGUUGCUGGCCGACCACGUGUUGAGCGUGCUGACGAAGGAAAAGACCGCAUGUCUGAACGAAACUACGAGUACGCAGGCUGCUAGCACUGACGACAUGAAGUCGCCAACCUCUAGUACAGCUGGGACCAGCACGACGAGAACACACCAGCGAACAAAUUUCAAGCCCGACCUAGCUACGCAGCCUGCGCGCCAGACGAGCAGCACGUCCCGGUCCGACCUGUUGGAACGGAUUGCGGGCGAGCGGCACGCGUAUUUCGGUAGCUUUAUCAGCAACGUGGUGUUCAUGGGGAUGGGGGAGCCGUUGGAGAACUACGACAGUGUGGUUGCCGCCCUAAAGGGGAUGUGCAGUCAGCAGCGGUUCGGGCUAGGGUACCGCAAUUGCACCGUGUCGACCGUCGGGAUCAUACCGCGCAUGCGGCAGCUGUUCACGGAGUUGCCCAACGUGAAGCUGGCUCUCUCCCUGCACGCGCCGAACCAGGGUCUGCGGAACCAGAUCGUGCCGGUGUCGAAAAAGUACCACUUGCCCGAGCUGAUGGACACGCUGGACGAGUACGCCAAGAAGCACGCGACGGACGGCAAGCGCAAGGGGUUGGUGAUGAUUUCCUACGUCAUGAUAGACGGCGUCAACGACACCAAAGAGUGCUGUGAGGAGCUGUGUGCCUUGCUGAAAAACCGGCAGGUGCUGGUCAAUCUGAUCCCCUUCAACCAGUUCGAUCCCUACGCGAAUCAGCCGGCCCGCGGGGGGAAGAAACUGAAGUCGCACCCGGCAGAGCACUACAGACCAAGCAAGCCAGAGCAGAUUGUCUGGUUCGCCAGCGAAAUCGAGAAGAGCGGGAUCAAAGCGUUUGAAAGGUACUUCGGACUUUUUUUGGCAGUCGAGAUUCAUCACGUCGGCGACGCUACGAUAUUUGAUUUUAGUAGAAUUUGAACUUACAAUGACGGGGGAGAGAAUUGAACAUUCGUUUCAUGUUUAAAGUCACUUGAUGUUGAUGUUGAGACCGAAUUUUCCAAAACAGGCGACCCCACGGUCGGGAUAUCAGCGCAGCGUGCGGCCAGUUGGCGAAAAUUAAGAAAACGGACAACUCCGUCUUCGAGGAGGUGGGGGAGAUCGAGGGCAACCAGAAAAAGUACAUCAACAAGGUUGUUCCGCUUUCGAGGGAAGUGGUGCGAACCAAAAAGAACCAGGACGGCGGUGCCGGUGCGACGACACUAGACACGGUUUCGGAGUACUUCACCCAGGUGCAAAGCAACUGGAAUUCGUGGGUGGCCAGCGUGGGCACGAGUGUGCAGGCCACGUUUUCAUCCGGUGCUAGUAGUGAUUCUAGCUACCAGAAAGCGGCGUUCGAAACGAAGUCGCGAAACGACUCGGACAAGGAGGAACUGGACGGCGAACUGGAGUCCAGCAUGAGCUGGACCAGCCUGACCUCCCACGUCAUACCCAUCGCGAUUUCGGUGGCCGCUGUCGCCGGCGGUGUCGCGCUUGCAAACGGAGCCGGGAGGAGAGGGAAGUAGGUCGAGCUCAACUUUUCGUUUAUUGGUGGUGAACCACUACUAGCUGCGCACAACUUGUAUGUGUGGAGAGCAAUAAACAAAGAAACGUACUCCCUCAACGAUACCUCUGCGCGCUAUUGCACUCGAUCUGUACAACGUUAUUUUUCUCGCGGCCUAGUCAGACACUGACACAUCAACAUGAGAUCCAGCUCAAAGACG